AUGGGGCCAGUCGAGAACCGCGCUGUGGGCCACAGGAACAAGCACACCAAGGGAGUGUUCAUCACACCCAACUCUCCUCCAUUUGCUAUUCGAGGCAACAAUGACUUUUCCCUCGAGUACUGCGCCGGUGCAUCCCAAAACUCCUGCUCCCACUACGUCGUCUACGUUCAAGUCACAUCCAAGCUCGUGGAUUUCAUCGAGUCGGUCCCAUGA